CAGUCGGCGAAAGAAGACGCGAGUCCGCGGAGAGAUCCUCUGACCAACGGUUAUUGUCAUCGCUAAGCGCAGCGAUGGUGGUGGCGUGCGAGCCGUAAUGUGUACCGGCUUGCAAUUAACGACAAUCGGAUUAAGGCCAAUUGGGCACGAGAGCGGUAGUGGGUUGUCGCAUGCACCGUCGCGGCUGGACCCGAUUACGAAGUAACGGAUAAAUAGAUCUAUCUAGAUCGGCCGGUCGCCUCGAUAAGACGCGGCCGCCGCCGCGAUACCCGCACGCCACGAAGAAUUCAAAUUCAUCGCCGAGCGAGUAGUGUUUACGAGUGUUGAGUGAGAGCGAGCGACGGGCAAUCGCCGAGGCAUGACCAUGACGAGGCAUAUUGAGAAAACCACUGUUGGGAACGAGUAACAGCUGGUAGUCGCUCGAUCACGACCUUCGCGAAAACCGACUAAUCGGUAGAUGCGUCGCGCGGUCUGUCGGACCGAAUACGAAAAUAGGAAAAAAGGCGGGAUAAGAGAAGCCGCCGGCUAGAUUUACUUAUUGGUUCCGUCGGGAAACCUUGACAUUUCGAAGUCACGAUUGCGCGAGGACGUUUUGCCGCUGAACCGACAAACGUAAGAAUCGUAAACUCUCGCGCGAUCAGCGGUUUUUUCACAGAAAACUUGGAAGAAAUUCGGAAGGUCGAUAUUACAUACGUAGCUCUUGUGAAACAGCUGCUAUUACUGCUGCGAAGUGUUGUUGUUGUUAUUACAUGCGCUAAUUGUGUUACCGUCUGAGUAUCGGCUGUACGAUUCGCAAGAGCAAAAGAAAAGAGCGUUCAGGAAUCUCGGGGUGAUCAUCAUCAUCGGGCCUGGUGGAAAACAACGGUGAAGAACUCGAUCGACAAAUCGCGUGGACCAUCAACUAUCGACCGGCGACAAUCUCGAAUCGUGUGCUGAAGAGCUACCACGACGGUCAAUCUACCGGGAAGCUCGAGGAUCAGCAGCCGCGGUGUUUAUCACACUUUGUCCCGCACUUCCCGACCGAAAGCUAUCAAUAGCCUGAAAUUAAGGGCGUUCAGUGCUGCUCGCGAAAACUACUUGUUGAAUUCAUCGUUGAAAGCCCAGGCGGCGGAAUCGCCAGAAGAAAUAGGACGGCAGUUCCAUUCUCGUCUCACAUGGCUGCAACCACGAACAUCGGCACCCUGAAAGAAACCUCAUCAAAGGGGGAGAUCGUAAUUCAAGCCUCGCCCGAGCCGGAGAAGCGUCGUGACAGCAAACGGACGCAAUGGAGGCAAUGGCUGGCAUGCAUAUCAGCGACUCUAUCGAUGGUGGCGGUCGGCACCGUUUACGGAUGGACCACCACGUCGCUCUCCCGGCUCACAUCCGGCGCCAGCGACGUGCCGGUGAGGAUUACCGACGACGAGGGUUCUUGGAUAGUGUCGUUGACCGUCAUCGGUUCUAUGAUCGGCCCGUUCCUCGGAGCGAGUCUCGCCGACAGAUACGGCCGUAAGAAAUGUCUGUUGUUAGCCAGCGGCUUCUUCAUGAUCGGCUGGACCGUCGUACUCUUCGCCCAAAGCGUCCCGGCGCUCUACAUCUCCAGGGUGAUCCUCGGCGUAGGCGUGGGCAUCUCGUACACGACCAACCCCAUGUAUGUGUCGGAGGUCGCCGACGUUGGAAUCCGCGGUGCCCUCGGCACCUUGAUCGCCGUCAACGUGUUUACCGGCUCCUUACUGACCUGCAGCAUCGGUCCCUGGGUGUCUUAUCGGGCAUUAGCCGCCAUACUGCUCGCUGUACCGAUCCUCUUCGUGGCGUGCUUCUCUUGGUUCCCCGAGACACCCGCUUUCCUCGCGGCCAGGGGCCGCAAAGCGGAGGCGACUAAAUCCCUGGCCUUCUUCAAAGGAAUCCGCGAUCGAGACGAGGCCCGUAGGGAGCUGGAAGUGGCUCUCCGUAGUGUCUUCAUCGAAGACAUCCGCGACAACAUUCCCGUAAUCGGACCCGGCGCCAGGACCGAGCCGGUCAAACGCAGUUGGAUCGGUAAACUCAAGCUGAUGCUGUUACCCAGCAACGCCCGAGCGCUUGGUAUCAUACUGGGCCUGGUGGCGGCGCAGCAGCUUAGCGGAAAUUUCAGCACUAUGCAGUACCUCGAAGUGCUCUUCAAGAAAGCUGCUAUCGGCAUCGACUCCAACCUGGCUACGAUACUGGUGCUCGCGGUCGGCCUCGUUUCGGGAGGAUUAUCGACUGCGACCGUCGAGGGCGCGGGUAGACGUCCGCUGCUGAUUGCUUCCACUCUGGGCUCCUCCAUUACCCUCGCCAUCCUGGCGAUAUACCUCAUGCUGGACGGCAGGGGCGUCGACGUCUCCGCGGCGAAUCUGCUUCCGGUGGUCGACGUAAUCGCCUUUCAGGUGGCAUUUCAGCUCGGAUUGGGCACGCUGCCGAAUGCGCUCAUUGGCGAGCUCUUUCCCACCGAGGUGAAGGCGUUCGCCGGCGCUAUCAUCACCGUCUUCGACGGUGUGCUCGGCUUCGCAGUCUCCAAACUGUAUCAAGUCAUCGGCGACCUACUGGGCGCGCACGCCGUUUAUUAUUUCUUCGCGAGCUCGUGCUUGUUGGCAUUCCUCAUGGUGAUAUUCGUCGUGCCCGAGACCAAGGGUCGGACGUUCCGCGAGAUCCAGGAGCUUUUGCAACGCAGGAGGAACAGGGACGAUGAGAGCUCGCAGAACCAAACUGUCGCGAUAUGACAGAAAGAGACGCGCCGCGCUUCGCGCAGAAUGCGGCGCGAACUCACCGCCGUGAUCUUGUCGUCGGCCAUUCUUCUCGACACGAAGGACUUUCCAACGAUGGCGAUUACUUAUGCUCGUCUGUAUACGCGUACAACAGUCUGUACAUACUUUGCGCUCGCGUCGGGAACACGGCGAGCAGAUCGCGAAGACGCACCGCCUGCGCACCGCCGCAAUGUGCAACUUACUUGCCGACGAGGGGCGAAGCAAAUGUCGUUAUGGAAUCAUUCGCGAGCCGUAUAGGCCUGCUGUACGUAACUCUUCGAUCAUUUUAUCUCUGUCACAAGUAGUUCUCUUUCCGUUUUCUCUUGAGUAUCAUUGCGCGCGAAUAUUUCCGAAAUAACAAUCACGUUGUUAUCUUUGAUACGAUAUUUUUGUCUUCUUCCCUUUUAUGUAUGUUCCACUCCAGAUGUUAUAUGCGAAUCUGAGAAACGUCAGACAGCUGAGGGGGAUUUCCCGCAUGUGCGCACGAUGAAAUAUUUAAGUAAGAAAAACUGAGAGGAAGACGGAAGUAAAAAAGAUUAACAAGUCUAAUUUUUCAGUAAACGCCACAUCUCUUUUUCCGGUAACGUAAAAACGUCGUGGCGACGGUUAAACGUUGGGGCAAAGAGCGAGUAAGACGCGUGAAAAAUUGUUUCAGGUCUCACUGGACAAUAAAAACGAGUAAUACUGCCACAUUUAUUCCAGUAUUAUCUAAAGGAGCGACUUUUAUACUUCCACAUGUGCAGCAACUGAUUACAUAUUGUUAUGUUUGUGUGUAAUCAGUAUAUGUAUAGAGAGAAAAUGUACGUGUGGACACAUAUGUAUAUACAAAUAUUUCUAUUUAAUAUAUUUGGAUAAUUCAGUGGAACUAAAUAUAAGCUUUAAAAUUUCGCUAUUCUUUCAAAUGACGCAAUCGGUGAAAGUGAUGACGAAGGUGAUCGCAUGUUCGCGCUAUUAUGAUAAGAAGCGACAUAAAAUAUAUAUUUUAUAUGUACUUUCCGCGGAGCGUGCAUGUGGCACAAUCGUGAAGGUGGCGCAAUCUUCGCACAAUGUUUUUCCGUGCGGGGUUUAGUUGAAGCCGUAAAACUUUCAAUUUGUAGGACAUCCCGUGUACGAGAAAUUCGCGCAACCUGGUCUCCCGCACGACGGCAGCAGAUAAAAUAUUUUACUAUUUUGAUAGAAACAAAGUUUUUGGUCAAGCGCAUACUAUGAAACGACGUACGAACUGCAGCUAUCAACUUUUAAACGUGCGUUUCCUGUGUAAUAGAAACAUUAAAAAUACACGGACCGAGCUUUUUAGAUUUUGUCAUGUAAAACGCGUAAAUAUAUAAAAGAGAUAUUUUGGUAUGUCAGAAUGUUUUCAAAUACAAAAGCUACAAGCUUCCUUGAAAAUAAUACGAAUUUAGUAUCACACGCAAACAAAAUGCCAAUUGUAAUAUUGCAAUUUCAAAUUCGAAGAAGAUGAAUAAAAGGUUGGAACGUGAAAAGAA